AUGGCGGCCCUUCCAGUGAUCCUUGGGACGCAAGUGGACCGCCCAGUCGUGGCCACCGACGGACCGUUUCUUGGACUUGAUGAACUUGCCGUCACUCAUGGCCCUGGUCUCCGAAUGGCCUUCCACCUUGAGCAGGAGGUCCAUGGAGCGGGCAACCUCGGUGUCGGUGAGGUUUGGCAUGGUGGCGAAUCUGUUUGUGUUCUUGCUAAAACAUUUGCCCAACAAGCCCAAUUUAUGGACACCGGCAGGGUCGGUUGGGGUACUGUGGCGCACUGGCGUUUAAUUGAAGUGCUGACGGCUCUGGUGCUACGUAUAUACGCCGUUCGAGAUGAGGUCAGGUUGACCACUACAAACGUCAUAGCGUUGUGCGAUAUCCUUGCAAAGAAUCUCUGA